GGGGGCGGGGCGCGGCCGGGCGCUGAGCGCGGCGGGAGCGGAGCGAGCCGCAGGCUCAGGACAGUGUUGUAGAUCCAUAUUUCUCUGAAGCUGAUGUUUUCCUAAUACUUUCAGCUUGGCUUUAAAAGCUACUUCGCUGGAAUGUUUUAAACGGUUAAAAAACCUCUAGGAUUUGAAUUUUAUUUAAAUUAAUUGAAGGAAAUACUUCUGGCCUCACCAAAGAAAUAACUGGAAUCAUGGAUCAGAACAACAGUUUGCCACCCUACGCUCAAGGCUUAGCCUCCCCUCAGGGUGCAAUGACUCCAGGAAUUCCAAUUUUCAGCCCGAUGAUGCCAUAUGGCACAGGACUGACACCGCAGCCUGUCCAGAGCACCAACAGUCUGUCCAUAUUGGAGGAACAGCAGCGGCAGCAGCAGCAGCAGCAAGCAGCACAGCAAUCCACGUCACAGCAAGCGACACAGGGAACAUCUGGUCAAACCCCCCAGCUCUUCCAUUCACAGACUCUUACCACAGCCCCUUUACCAGGAACCACACCUCUGUACUCCUCUCCAAUGACUCCAAUGACUCCCAUAACUCCUGCAACACCAGCAUCAGAGAGCUCUGGCAUAGUGCCACAACUACAGAAUAUUGUGUCCACAGUGAAUCUUGGUUGCAAACUUGAUCUAAAAACUAUUGCACUUCGUGCCCGAAAUGCUGAGUAUAAUCCCAAGCGUUUUGCUGCUGUUAUUAUGAGAAUAAGAGAACCACGUACUACUGCACUGAUAUUCAGCUCUGGAAAAAUGGUGUGCACAGGAGCAAAAAGUGAGGAGCAAUCCAGACUGGCUGCAAGGAAGUAUGCAAGAGUUGUUCAGAAACUAGGUUUUCCUGCAAAAUUUUUGGAUUUUAAAAUUCAGAAUAUGGUGGGCAGCUGUGAUGUGAAAUUUCCCAUCAGACUGGAAGGAUUGGUACUCACACACCAGCAGUUCAGCAGCUACGAGCCGGAAUUGUUUCCUGGCUUAAUCUACAGAAUGAUUAAGCCAAGAAUCGUUCUGCUUAUUUUUGUUUCUGGAAAAGUGGUUUUAACUGGUGCUAAAGUACGAGCAGAAAUCUAUGAAGCAUUUGAAAACAUUUAUCCUAUUUUAAAGGGAUUCAGAAAGACAACGUAACAGUUUCAACACAUUUCAGAGAAAUCAGGGGUAUAUUUUAAAAGGUAUUGUGUAUGGCACAGCAGUAACAAGAAACAGACUUCAAGUGCAACUGCAACACUAGGACUUGGACUAUUUCCCAGUUAGUGCCUACUUCCCUGAUGCUCAAGGGGAACUGUUUUCUUGAAUAUGUCUACUGAGUUACUGUGAGUUGCUUUACUGGGCUGUUCCUGGAGCAGCCCCUCCAACUUUUAUUUAUAUUCUAGCUUUUAAAUAGUUUUAAUGCCAGUUCUAUUAAUAGAAAAUCUGUAAGUUGGUUUAAAGACAAAUGCAACUGUGUCACUCAGUGUAUAAACCACUUUAAUUGCCAUGUAUAUAUGUUUUAAGUUCCUUCCAUAAGACCAUGGUUUUUAUAAUUUUCAGAACUUAAGCUUUUAAAUUUUUUCAAUUUAAAUUUCUUUGGUGCCAGACACAUUCCCUCUUUCCAGUAUUAAAUAAGAUAGAAUAAAUUUAUUAAUUAAAAUGGCUCACUGUACAUAUAUAUAUAAUAUAUACCUUUCUUCUCUUCUUCAACUCCACAUGUACAAUAAACCCUGUUUAUACAAAUAUGGGAACUGUCUUAAUAAAUUUUAAAAUUACCCAGCUGGUAGGAAUGAAAUACAUUGAAUUACUUUUUUUAUUUGAUAGAUUUUUUAAUAGCAGAUGCACUGCUGUAACUGACACGUUGUUUUGAGAGAAUCUUAGCAGUGCUCUGCCUUGCAUACCAGCAGUCACAUCCUUGGCAAUGUCUACCUUGAAUAUUUCCAAUAUGUUAAAGCAAAAGAGAUGACUGGUUAAAGCAGCUUGUGUUUGAGUAUGUGUUGCCUUAUGUUCAACAGAUGGGAUUUAGGCAAGUCUUAAAUAGCUGCACUUGAGUGAAACAGAUCCCUGCUUAGCUUCUAGAAUUUCUUUAAAUUACUACCUUUGUAUUUUACCAGCUGUGACAGCCUCACUAUAUUAGUGUUCCUGUAAAAUGUCAAAGCCCUUUCAACUGGAGUCAGUAUGUACAUAAUCUUCCUUCUGAACGAUGCUUGAAGCCUAAUAGGCUCAGAGCUAAAAAUAAACUUUUUUUCUUCUUCAGUAAAUUUCCAGGAAUGAUAACCUC